AUGUUUUCAACUUCCAUUCGUUCAGCAAUUUGCCUCUUAUGGCUAGCAGGGAUUGCAUUAGCAAAAACAAUCGAUUCAAUUUCGUUCUCGGGCCUGCAAUAUUCUCCCUUGACUUCCUAUAAGUUCCCUCAUCAGGGCUGGACAGCCUCUUUUGAUUUCGAUAUCAGUGAAAAUGUUCACCAAGACGAUCACUUCACCAUGAACUUUCCUUUGAUUUAUCGUAUUAAGUUUGAUGGAAAUGAUCCCAGCACGAUUGUAUCUUUAAAUGAUGGCACCAAAGCCUUCGAAUGUUACGUUUCCCAGCAGGCUGCUUUUCUGUAUAAUUCAACAAACUUUAGAUGCAAUGCAAUUACCGAUCUUUCCUCAUAUUCUAGUGUUUCUGGCUCCAUAACCUUUUCUUUUAGCUUCAGCAGCGGUGGUUCGAUUUAUCCAUUUGAACUGGAAGAUGCUACUCAGUUUCAUUCUGGCACAAUGAAUGUGCCUCUAACCGAAGACCUGUCAGCAGAAAUAACAUUUGACCGAGGCAGUUUUGAUGGGGAUAUCUACACAAUAGGACGCACAACUACUUACGAUAGUUUAGAAACUUAUUACUUGGGGAUGAAAUGUCCUAAUGGCUACUUACUUGAAGGUUCACAGACUAUUAACUACGAUCAUAAUGAUGGCAACUAUAAUUUGGAUUGUUCUUCAGUUCAAGGCUACAUGGCAGCUAGCUUCAACGAUUGGUUAUUGCCGCUGGAGCAUAAGGAUUCCAAUGCAGAGGUGUCAUGUUCGUCGAAUACUCUUGCUGUUAAAGUUCACGAGGCUGAUUCUGGAGAAAUGUUCUGGAUCAACGCCUUACAAUCUGUAUCUGAGGGCGUGAACACUGUACAACAUGACGUCCAGAUGCAAUACACCUGUUCUGAUACUAUCCACAAUACCAUUUACAGUACUCAAUUCCAUACAAUUGUUGAAUAUGUUAUAUACCAGGGGAAAGCAUACGCAACCGCUUCUGUUACUAGUGAGGCACCAACAAUUUCUCCAGGAAGUAUAUCCGCUACUGCGAGUCAGUCGUCCCUUUUUGAAUCCCUCGGCCCGACAAGCUCUUCUAAUCCCUCAAAAACGAUCUCCACGGUAUCUUCAUCAAUUUCUUCCACUAUCACGAGUACAAUUUCAUCAGUCAGCCCACUUAGCUCUUCUACUCCUGUAGACAGUUUCAGUAACACUACUAUUUUUACCACAACGACCACCAGUUGGACGGGAAACUUCACCACUACCUAUUCGACAUUUACAGGAACAAGUGGAAGUGGAAACGUAUUUACGGAAGAGAUAGUGUACCAUGUCAGGAUACCUACUACUUCUUCUUCUGUUUUCACACAAUCUACAACUACGAGCACAGUUUUAUGUUCCCUGUGUUCCCGCAGCUCGGCAUUGAGCUCAACGGCCAGUCCGUCUGACUCUACAUCAACCGAGAACCUUUCUGCGCCCAAAUCGACCUCAAUGUCGUCUGGAACUUCCACAAGCAAAAUGGUUUCACUCUAUACGCGCUCUCUAAGUACAUCCAUGGUAUAUCCAUCAAGUUCAAGCUCUAGCCCCUCUUUCGUCAUUUCAAGUGUACUGUCAUCCAGGAAAAGCUUAACACCAAACUCUACCUUAACAAAACUCACAUCAACGUUCACUACGUCUUCAACUGGUUCCACUUCAACAUUUAACUCCUUAGUCAUAAGUUCAAUCCCGGCGUCAUCUCCAGGAUUUCCAGUAGUGUCCACGCCAUCCAAUUCCGUGCUAAAUUCGACAUCAAUUGGAUUGCCAUCUAUUUUGACAUCUUUCUCAGCUACUGUUUCAACUUCAUCGGCUUCCACGUCAAACUUGCUUUCGUCGGAGUCUGAAUAUUCCCCCUUCGCCUCAACAUCAUCCAGUUCGACAUAUAUGCAUACUUCGGAUACAGAAAGUGUAUUUAGCGAUACACAGGCAUCAUUCGUCAUGAGUACAUCGACAGCAGUUGCAACAGUCUCAAAUUCAACUGUUGAGACAACCACCUUGCAUGGAAACUCGUACAGCUUGUCUCAAUCAGAGUCAAUUGAUCGUACCUUUACCGAAAUUUCCUCGAGCAUUUUAGCCUAUACAGAGCAAAGCAGCACAACAAUAGCAGGCUUUACAGCAACUUACGGGGUUUUCAGCAUUACCAACUCUUUAUCCUCGGUAAUUACGGAUUCCACUGGGAGAGUUGGCUCUGUGAGCCGAGCACCAUUGUCAAGUGGAACUGCACUCUCAAUAUCUCAAUUCCUAAUCGGCAUUGAGACAGGAAAAUUCGUCACAACAUCCACGAAUUUAACAAAUGCUGAGUCAAUGAAACCUCUUCCUAGCUACACUGAAAUCAUUACGAUCACAGGUCAACUGAGCUCAUCGAUGAGUACCACAAAUACAAUUGUAACAGGUUCACCCAUGUCCCCUACAACGGUCCCGGUCACCGAGAACACAAGGUUGACAGAGGCUUCAAGUCCUUUGGUAAGCAUGGAAGAAUUGAAAAGCUCCUCUUCUCCAACACUGGGAACAUCCGAAGGAUGGUUCUCACACAUUUCUUCCGUGACUGCCUCUGCAUCUUCGCUUACAAGUCACUCCUCCUUAUCGACGACUCACAGUAACAGUCCAUCCGCAAUCACAAACGGGAUAACGGACAGCUUAGCGACUGCUGUCACAGUAACUGAGACUACAAAUAGUAUCAGGCCAUUUUCUUUGGCGCACAUCCCGGUGAGCUCGCAAGGCCCUUCCCCUAUUUACCAAGGUGGUGCCUCCGUUCAAACUGCAGGAAAAUUAUUUGUUCUUGUCUAUAGCUUUUGCAGCAUUUUCAGCUAUCUCCUAGUUUAG